AUGGCUGCUCCAUAUGAAGCCGGAAGCGCUAAGAAAGGUGCCAAAUUAUUCAAAACUAGAUGCGCUCAAUGUCACACUGUCGAGAAGGGUGGUCCAAACAAGGUUGGUCCAAAUCUCCAUGGUGUUAUCGGAAGACAAUCUGGUCAAGCGGAAAACUUUUCUUACACUGAUGCCAAUAAGAGAAAGGGUGUUCAGUGGUCUGAGCAGACUCUUUGUGACUAUUUAGAGAACCCAAAGAAGUAUAUUCCAGGUACUAAGAUGGCCUUCGGUGGUUUGAAAAAGGCCAAGGACAGAAACGAUCUUGUUUCUUAUCUUUCUAAGGCUACUAAGGAAUAA